AUGGUAUCUUCGGUGCUCACAUUGGGUGUCCUGAUUUUGGCAGUGACUGCCUCCGCAGAUGUUUCCCAUUUGGGUUAUCAACGUUACAGCCGGCCGCAAACAAUUCGUUUGCAACGUUUGGAAUCGGGUCGUCCCACACCAUAUCCAGCUUCGGGUUAUCGUCCCGCCAAGGAAUUUAAUAUACCCAGUGAACAGCCUCAGUUCCCGUUGGGCGCUCAUCCCCAGAAGCAGGAAAGUGGCAGCAACAAUUUCAACAACAACAACAAUAAUGGAGGUUUUGAGAUUCUUUCCGAAUCCCAACAACCUGAGGUGUUCUAUGGAGCUCCAAGCCGUUUUAGGCCUGAGCAGGGUCGUGCUCCCGUUCAGCAGCCUCAGCAAACGAACUUCAACAACAAUAGGCCUCAGGAAGCAACCUUUAACAACAACCAACCCCAGCAAUCGAACUUUAACAACCAACCUCAGCAAUCGAACUUCAACACCAACUCUCAACAACCCAGCUUCAACCCUCAACAACAACAACCCACCUUCAUCUCCAACACCCAAGGUCAACAACAACCCAGCUUCAGCAACAACCCCCAAGUUCAACCCGCCUUCAACACCGCACCCCAACAAACCUAUGGUGCCCCCGAACGUCAACCUCAGCAACCUCAACCCCAACCUGAAACCGAACAACAAUUCGAAGUACAAACCCAAACUGUCAACUCCGGCUCCAAUGAACUCUCCGAACCACAAGGUCAACCCCAAUCUCCAGUUCAAAGGCCCAAUGGUCUCUAUGACGCUCCUGCACGCCUGCGACAAAUCCCAGCCCGCCUGCAACAGAAACAACCACAACCUCAACGCCUAUAUGCCACACCUGUGCAAUCAGGACGUUUAGUCGCUGCAGGUAAACCCCAAUCAUCUCGAUUCACCGACAAUCGCGAGGAAGACGAAGAAGAUGAUGAAGAUACCACUUCGGAAAUUGAAACUGAACCUAAGAAGGAUGAUGAGAGCAAAAAACAAGCUCCCGCCCAAAAUGUUGCCACCAUUGCCUAUUACCCCGCUGGAGCCUUCAGUUUUGUACAACCCUUGACGGCGAACUUUGUGGCCACCGCUCCCAAGGCUGCUUUUGUCACAGCACCCAAUGCCGCUUAUGUUAGUGCCACCGGUCAAUAUGUGGCCGCUGCUGGGCCUUAUGUUACCGCACCAGCUACCUCAUAUGUCUCGGGUCCAGCUACUUCAUUUGUAACUGCCGCAACUGCUCCCGUCCAAACUGGUACCUAUGUCACUCAGGCUAACGCUCCAGUAGCUGGUGCCUAUGUCACUGCCGCCACCGUCGCUGCUCCCAGUGCCGCCUAUGUUGUUGCCUCACCCAAAACUCCCAUCUACCAAACCUCCUCCUUUGUCCAGCAACCAUUUCAAUUUGCUGCUGCCGCACCAGCCCAACUCAAUGCAUGGUAA